CGCAGCUAACAAGUUCGAGAAGUUGGCGCCUCAUAAACCAAAGUUAUACGCGCCGACUGCCAGGUACGUGAUUAUAUUGACCGAAGUGGCUGGCUUCUGGUUGCAUACUCACCCAUCUUGCAAGGCGAUGUCGCACCAUUAUCCCUUUCCCGGAUAUCCGACAACUGUAUUGAAUCUACAUCAGCCAAAGGAACAAGCGCGACGCGAACAUGUCAUCGUGGCAACCCCAAAAUUUGGCACAGACUUGUGCCAACUCGAAUGGACUCUUCCCCAGCAUCUCGACGUGUCAAUCGUCGACGUUUAUGUUUCUUCAGAUGAUCACGACGAUGUUCGGCAGACCGUCCAGCAGAUAUUUGGAACCGUUUAGUGAGCAGACUUACGGAGGAGGGUACCAAAGUGUUUUCAAGGAGCUUGACAACCUCAAAAGGACCAACGGAAAAGGACGAACGGAUCAAUUCGAUUUUAUUAUCGUUGGUGCCGGUUCUGCGGGGUGUUUAUUGGCUAAUCGUUUAUCUGAAAUACCCCACUGGAAUGUUCUGCUAUUGGAAGCCGGUAUGGAAGAGCCAGAAGUGGCGGAUGUUCCAGCAUUUGCACCCAUGGUCCGGAGAUCCUCGAUCGAUUGGGAAUUUCGAACUCAACCUCAAAAAACAAAUUGUAGAGCUAGAAGAGGUGGUCAGUGCAUUUGGCCUAGGGGAAAAGUUAUGGGAGGGACUUCCACCAUCAACUACAUGAUUUACUUACGAGGAGGACCCCAGGACUACGAUGAUUGGGCCAAUCUAGGCAAUCCCGGUUGGUCAUACCAAGAUGUAUUCCCUUACUUUUUGAGAAUUGAAGAUAAUAGAAAUGUCGAUCAUGUAUUAAAAGAACAUCAUGAAAAAGUAAGUCCCGAAUACCAUGGCACCAAAGGGGAAUGGACUGUAGAAUAUUUUCCGUACCAAGACCAGAACACCUUUUAUGCCUUGGACGCUUUUCGAGAAAUAGGUCUGGACAUUUUCGACCAAAACAUGGAAAGACAAAUAGGGGCGAGUCUUCUUCAACAUUCCAAUAGGCAAGGCGUAAGGCUAAGUAGCAAUAUGGCUUUCGUAGAGCCAAUUAGAAGGAGGAGAAAAAAUUUAAGUGUAAUUAGCAAUGCUUAUGUUACGAGAGUUUUGGUUAAUCCCUUGACAAAAACUGCUUAUGGAGUGGAAUACGUUCGCAAUGGAAGACUUAUACAGUCUUUAGCUAGAAAAGAAGUUAUAGUAUCGGGGGGAAGUAUAAUGUCUCCGAAAAUAUUGAUGUUGAGUGGUAUUGGUCCAGCACAACAGUUAAAGAAAUUUAACAUCCCUGUCAUAAAGAAUAUUCCUGGUGUAGGGAGAAAUCUGCAUGAUCACACAACAAUCGAUGGAAUAGUGUUGGCUUUGUCCAAUUUGACAGCAACCACAGCAAGUGGACAAGAAGAAAUGCAACAGGAUAUUGCGAAGUAUGUUGAAACCAACAUGGGUCCAAUGUCCUCUACUGGUCCACUACAAGCUAAUGCCUUUGUUCAAACUUCAUAUGAAGCAGACCCGAACCGACCGGAUAUCCAAUAUUCUUUGGACUCUACUGACGUCUCCAACUACUACUCCGAUCCUAUUUUAACCGAUGAAGCCAACGUUUUACCUCUUGCAUACUACAACGGUCUUACAAUAAGACCUGUACUGUUAGUACCCAAAAGCAGAGGUUUCAUAUUAUUAAAUAACACGAACCCGGUGUUCGGUCCUCCUUUAAUAUUCCCAAAUACAUUCGUAGAAAACGAGGAUGUUUUAAGACUGUUAGAAGGUAUAAGAAUCGCUUUACAAUUCGGCACCACGAAAGUGAUGCAGGAAAUCGGCGCACAAAUUGUAGCGAACGAACUUCCGGCUUGCAAUCAAUUUAAAUUUGGCACCGAUCAGUAUUUUAUUUGUAUUAUGCAGGCUUACACAACAACUCUGUAUCAUCCUGUGGGAACGUGCAAAAUGAGUCCCACGUCUGAUCCAGAUGCGGUGGUCAGCCACGAAUUGAAAGUCCACGGAGUUAACAAUUUACGUGUCAUUGAUUCUUCUAUAAUGCCCAUAACUCCACGGGCAAACACCAAUACUGGUACGUUGAUGAUUGCCGAAAAAGGAUCAGACAUGAUCAAAGCUGACUGGCUUUAUGGAAAUGCUGCAAUGAAAGAAACCGAAUGGGCAUACGACCCAAAAGUAGUUAAGGAUUUACCAAAACCACAAAGCAAAGGAAUUCUACAAACAAUCAUUGAAGCAUUUCUUCUUUAAAACCUAAGAGUAAUUUUAGAAAAUUAGUCAUAUUUAUAGGUAAUAUGGGUGCAUGGAAAAUGUACUAAAUUGUUUUAACAUUACUUGGUGAUUAGGUAAAUAUUCAAAAAUUAUUUAUUACAUUCUUUUCAAUAAAUUUAAAUUUGAAAAUUAAAUAGGACUAAGAACUACUAAUAUUAUUAUAAUGUUUCCAU